AUGUCAGGAAAGUACCGCUAUACUCCGUCGAUGAAAUCAUGUGACCUCAUCAUCAGCGCCCCGUGGGUACUACCUGUUGCACCGGAAAAUACCGCGUUAACCGACCAUAGCGUGGCCAUCAGCGGCAGCCGGAUCGGCGAUAUCGGGCCCACCGACACCUUGCUGCAGAAAUACCCGGAUGCACAACACCUGGCACUGGAUCACCACAUCCUCCUGCCUGGCCUGAUCAAUACACAUUGUCACAGCGCUAUGACGCUGCUGCGCGGCGCUGGCGAAGACCAGCCGCUGAAAGCCUGGCUGGAAGAAACAAUCUGGCCGCUGGAAGCUGCAGUGAUGAAUGACAACUACGUCACCCUGGGUACCCAGCUGGCGGUCGCGGAAAUGCUGCUGAGCGGCACCACCACCUUCUCCGAUAUGUAUUUCCUCCCUGAGAAAGUUGCCGAGGUCUGUGUCGACAUCGGUAUUCGCGCGCAACUUGCCUUUCCAAUCAUUGAAUUUGCCAAUGCCUGGAGCAAAAAUGCUGAUGACGCGCUGGACAAAGGUCUGGCACUGCACGAACAGCUUAAAGGUAACGGCCUGGUUCACGUGGCGCUUGGUCCACAUUCCGGCUACAGCCUGAGCGCAUCCGAACUUGAGCACGUCGCCCGGGUCGGGUUGGACCAGAAUCUGCCGAUCCAGAUGCAUAUCCACGAGACAGCACAGGAAGUUGCUGACGCCCAUCAAUUGAUGGGGCAAAGCUGGAUUGAGCGCUGCGCCGAUAUAGGCAUGCUGGGACCGCACGUGCAGGCAGUACACAUGACACAAAUCAGCGAUACCGAUCUCAAGCUGGUUGCAGAUACCAAUACACGUAUUGUGCAUUGCCCGACCUCCAACCUGAAACUGGCCUCAGGUUAUUGCCCCACAACCGAGUUACGGCAUGCAGGUGUCACCGUUUCCCUGGGUACAGACGGAGCCGCUUCGAACAAUCGACUCAACCUGUUUGCGGAAGCGCGUAUGGCCAGCCUGCUGGCGAAACACACAAACCAGAAUGCUGCCGCUGCCAACGCCCAGGACAUGUUGCACAUGGCCACUCUGGGUGGUGCUCGCGCGCUGGGCAUAGCAGACGUUACCGGCUCUCUUGAAGUGGGCAAAGCCGCAGACCUGAUUGCAGUGGAUAUCAACAGCCUCGGCAUGUUGCCGAUGUACAAUCCGUUUGCAGCGCUUAUUCAUGGCGAUGCCGGAAAUGCAAUCAGCCAUACCUACGUCGCAGGUAAAGCACUGGUCAAAGACGGUGCAGACCUGGCACUCUACACAUCGCCCGAUUUAACUGACAGUGACCCCAUGAGUGAAAAUGAAAACGUCGAUCGUGACGAAAUAGAGAAAUUUGACGCCCUGGCUCACCGCUGGUGGGAUCCCAACGGUGAUUUUAAGCCGCUACAUGAUAUCAACCCGAGUCGCGUACAGUACAUCAGCGAGCGGAGCGAUCUGCAGAGCGGUCCCGUUGUGGAUAUUGGCUGUGGUGGUGGCAUUCUGACUGAAUCCCUGGCUAAUCUGGGCGCAGACGUCACCGGCGUUGAUAUGGCGGGCAAAGCCCUCAGCGUGGCGCGCCUGCACGCACUGGAAAGCGGCGUCGAUGUCACUUACAUAGAGGGUACAGCCGAGGCCCUGGCUCAGACCCACGCGGAACACUUCCAUACGGUGACCUGUCUGGAAAUGCUGGAACACGUGACCAGUUAUGCAUCCACAGUGGCGGCCUGUGCGGCGGUGACACAGCCCGGCGGCAACGUAUUCUUCUCCACCAUCAAUCGCAAUCCAAAAGCAUACGCACUGCUGAUUCUAGGCGCGGAAUAUGUACUGAACCUGUUGCCUCGAGGCACCCACGAAUACGCUAAAUUUAUCAAACCGUCAGAGCUGUCAUCAGCCAUACGCGCUGCUGGCCUGGAAGUUGUGGACAUCAGUGGCAUGAGCUACAACCCGUUUACCCGGGCCUGCAAUAUCGGCCGCGAUAAACUCGAUAUGAAUGAAUUGUUAGAUAAACUGGGGGCGAGCUACCCGGCAUUGGUGGCUGCUGCAGCCAGCUGGCGCUACCAGCCGGAACCGGAAAUAUUAGCCGGAUGCAACAUUCUGGUAACCGGCGCUGGCGCAGGGAUCGGCGCGGCCGCGGCAAAAUGUUUUGCCUGUUAUGGCGCAAAUGUGAUUCUGCUGGGUCGCAGCCGCAACCACCUGGAAAGCGUGUUCGACUGGAUUGAGACCCAUACCAACACGCAACCUGUGAUUGUGCCUUGUGAUCUCGAACAGCUGGAUGCCAGCGCAACCCACGCCCUGCACAGUGCUAUUUCUGAAACCUACGGCGUGCUGCAUGGCCUGCUGCACAACGCAUCAAGACUCGGGCCUAAGGUACCGCUGGCCCAUUACCCCAUAGAGGAAUGGCUGCGCGUCAUGCAAACUAAUGUAAAUGCGCCUUUUAUCCUGACCCAUACGCUAUUUGAUCUGCUUGAUGCCGCAGACGAUGCCUGCGUUAUCAACACUUCUUCUUCAGUGGGGCGGCAAGGUCGUGCCUACUGGGGUGCCUACGCGGUAAGCAAGUUUGCCACCGAGGGGUUCAGCCAGGUAUUGGCUGACGAAACCGAGUCUGCUGGGCGUAUCCGCGUCUACAGCGUCAAUCCAGGCGGCACCCGCACCGCCAUGCGCAAAGCCGCCUAUCCGCUGGAAGACCCGGCGUCGCUACCCAGCCCGGAACAGCACAUGGAUCUAUAUCUGUAUCUGAUGGCCGGCAGACGCAGCGGCAAAACCUUGCCGGACACUGGCGCACAACUCGACGCACGAACCUGGAAGUGCCAAUAA